AUGUUGGUUUGUAAAAAAAAAGUAUCGCAACAAACAAUUGAAACUCCGUUACUCUCUAUUCUGCAGCUGCCAAUACUAUCAACAAGAAAACGAUGCAAGAGCAGUGUUGGAUCGAUUGGUACGUUUCUUGAAGGUCCAGUCAUUGGUUGGAUUGUUGCACAAUACGGCUGGUCAGCCAUGUUUACUUGCAUGAUUUUGCUGAGUGUCUUUGGUGCAUUGGCAUCAUUCCGAGCUGCUCGCUUUCAACGCGCAAUCAAACUCGCAUCGGCACCAUCAUCAUCGACACUGGAGCAAAUUAUUUCAUAG